AUGGAGAAGAACAGGUUGAGCAACAACUUGAAAGACCAUGGUAUUGUCACUAGAGCCAUUAGAGAUUCGAACAACAAAAGAAUAAUCCACUGCAGCCAAAGCUGUGAAGAAGACUACAUCAAUGGGUUCUCAUGGCCUCCAAGGUCUUACACGUGUAGCUUCUGCAAAAGAGAGUUUAGAUCUGCUCAGGCUUUGGGGGGCCAUAUGAAUGUUCACAGGAAAGACCGAGCCAGGCUGAAAAACUCACCCCCAAUAGAUGGUCAGUACACUAGUACCAUUUUUAACCUUAACCUUAAACCUAACCCUAACCCUAAUUUCUUAUCAACAUCAUCACCAUCAUCUUCCUCUUUGGUAUCACCAUUUAGUAGCUCAUUAUCACUACCCUCUUUGAUAUCACCUCCACUUCCUCCUCCUCCACCACCUAUAUUUUCGGUACCAUCUAGCGAAAAUAUGAAAUGGGUUGUGGGAGGCACCCUUUUUAAUCAUCCUUUAAACCUCAAAGCUUCGGAUUUAAGUACUAAAUUGAAGGGUGCAAAAUCUUUGUGUGGGGUUGGACAAGAAGAUCAAGAUGGGUGCAUAAAGACUUUGAAGAAGGCAGCCGAUCCUCAUCAAAUUCUUAGGUUGGACUUGGAGAUUGGUAUGUUUGGUGACACAAAUAAGGAGGACUUGGAUUUGGAGCUUCGAUUAGGAUACCCCUAG